AUGAACACCGCUUGAAAGGCGUGAAGACCUUCGUAGCGCGAAGAACUUUAAAGUAGUCGUAACCAGGAGCGCAUGAAAGUGAAAAUCGAAGUGAAUAUCAAAAGAAAAUAAGGAAAAUAAUAUAAAUUAGUGUGUAUAAAUCUAAAGGACUGUGUUCAGUGAUUGACGAACGAUCUUAGUGAUACGGUAUUCAUGAAAAAUAAUUGAAGUCAUUUGCUCAGCUUAAAAUAUCCUGCAAGAAAAUGCUACUAAAGGCACUAUUUCUUGCAUAUCUGUCAACACUCGGACCGCCAGCAGUGCUAGCCAUUAAGGAUGCAUUAUACGCCUAUGCACCGGAAUAUGCUCAUCCAUCUUAUUCGUUCAGCUACGGUGUUAAGGACCUGCACAGCGGUGAUGUGAAAUCGCAGUGGGAAACACGAGACGAUGGAAUAGUUAAAGGACACUACAGUGUCGUGGAACCGGAUGGGUCAAUUCGCGAAGUCGACUACACAGCGGAUUCUAAAACAGGAUUCAAUGCGGUAGUCAAAACUCAUGGACCGAAUGCUCAUCCCAUACAUGAAGAACACGAGCACUUCCGUUACGAUGAUCAUCAUUCACAAUCUAAAAUAAACCACUUUAGUAAAAACCAGGACCACAUUAUUCUUAGUUCUGACGUACCUCAUCACGAGGAAGAUAUUGCGGAGCUCAGCGACAAAAAGCGGCCGACACCGUCCUUACUGGAGCUAAAACCACACGUUAACUUUGACUCCGAGUACAAGGGAUAUCGCCCACCUUACAAUAGUGGAAAAGAACCGUUCUUCUCAAAAGAAUUUGAUUUCUCUAAAGACAGUUUCAAGCCAACCAUUCGGAUAGAAGAGGUGAAAGCACCUGAUCUAUCCAAGUUAAAACCCAUAUCACCUUCGGUAGACUUCUCCCAGCUUGGAGAAGCUGAGCUCAGUCCGUACUAUACACAGGACUCGAUUUAUCAACCAUACGCCCAGUAUAAUAACAAAGUGUCCCAUCCCAUCACUCUUCAGAAAGCAAAACUCAGUGGGAUUCGCCAAUCGAGCAGCCCAAAGAAGAACCUUCUGAAACCUGCCGCUGCACUGAAUGUGAAACAUUUUACCACACCUAAAGUGUACCAAUUCAAGGCACGCGGAGGUCCACCCAAGCCAGAAUAUUCCACAUACUUUGGACCACCUACAGGAUCGGCCAAACGACAGGGACGAACCGGUCCGGUCCUGUUUCCUGCAACCGAACAGAUGAUUGCUUCGAAAAACAUGGUUGCGGCGAUGGUCCAUCAACAGCAAAACCGACGGAUUCCCAUUUAUGCGAACAAAUUUCCGUAGUUCGUAAAUAGUCCCCGCUUAUCGAUGGACUUCAUGUGCAAUAUUACCUAUAAAGCUGUUAGUUUAUCGCGUAGAUUCAAUCAGCGCGUGCAGACGCACGUCUCGAGUGUACUUCCUAUAGGGUGGUUUUCAAGCGGUUAUUUAUUAUCCUACUGCUGGAGCCUACUAAUGUGAUUGCUAUGCAAAUAAUUGUUACGUACGUAGUAUUGCAGUACCUUGUAGAUAGAAUUUAAGUACAGUGCAUUUGGAAAGUUAUACUAUUUUAACGGAAA